AUGGUUCACAAAAUACUUUGCCUGUUAGUGCUCUUGGUGGCGUCGAGCUCUUCCUUCACAAUUCCAUGCCAAGAAGGACACUCGUCCUCGCAGUUGCUGGGGUCUUCCUCCGGUGGUUCGGAACCACCGCAAAUCGAUAUCUCGGAUCUGGGCCUUACCAUGGACGACUUGAAUGCACCUCUUCCAAGUGACUUGUUGGAAGCCGUCGAGACUUCUGGCUACGACAGCACAUCACGAGUACCAGAUGUCAACGAUGAUGCUUGCUUUUGGACUGAAACUGAAAACAAAAUGGAAGCCAUAUUUGCCAUUCCUGGUUUGCGAGGCCAACCAGCCAUGUCCCUAUCUGUCUUGACAGCAACAAAUACUAUUUCUAUCACUGCGUUUGGCCAAGUCGUCUGGUCCUGUAUUUUGAGAAGCGAGGUCAAUCCUGAAACUGCCGUAUUUGAAACUGAAGAAGGAUCGGAUAUGAUUCCAAUAGUCAAGUUCGAAGUUGAAAAGGCGAAUUAUGGAGAACGAUGGGGUGGCUUCAUUCUACACAUUGGCGAAGAUAGUAUUUUAUAA